UUUUGGCUGUUUAGCAGACAGAGUAAUAAAGUCACAGCAAGAGCAGCAGCUGACGCUGAAGCAGGGGCUUGCUAUGUGGUCCAGGUUGGCCUUGAACUCAGGGGCGAUCCUCUUGCCUCAGCCUCCUGAGUGCUGGGAUGACAGGCUGGGGCACCACGCCCAGCUCACUCACGUGUACUGAUCAGGCUCAGUAUCCCAGGUGCUACGGAAGUGGAAGUGUCGCAGGCUCCUUAUCCACCACACAACCACACUUCAUCUUCAUUCCCAUUUCACAGCCUGGAGGCAAAGGGAAGCGGCUGCCUGAGGUGUACUGCAUCGUGAGCCGCCUGGGCAGCUUCAGCCUUCUUCUCAAAGUUGCAGGUGGCUGGUUCAGAACGGGGAAUGGGCCGUUCCUGCCAUCACAGGCCCCCUCUUCGUCCUCACCUUCUUCAGUCUCAUCUCACUCAACUUCUCAGACCCGGGUACCUUACAUCAAGGCUCCCUGAAGGAGGAUCCCAUGUUGGUCCACGUGGUGUGGGUGAACCACAGGGCCUUCUGCCUGCGGUGGUGCCCAAGCUGCUGCUUUCACCGCCCACCUCGGACUCACCACUGCCCCUGGUGCAACAUCUGUGUGGAGGACUUUGACCACCAUUGCAAGUGGGUCAAUAACUGCAUUGGUCACCGCAACUUCCGCUGCUUCAUGCUGCUCAUCGUGUCCCUGUUCCUCUACUCCAGCGCCCUGCUGGUUAUCUCUCUGGUGUUCUUGACGCGCACCAGCCACCUGCCCUUCAACCUGGACAAGGCCAUGGCCCUGGUGGUGGCGGUCCCCGCCGCCGGCUUCCUGCUGCCGCUCUUGCUGCUGCUGGUGAGCCAGGUCCUGUCGGUGAGCACGGCUGAGCGCUCCUGCAAAGGCCAGUGCAGAGACCUUCAGGGAUACAACCCGUUCGACCAGGGCUGCACCAGGAACUGGUACCUGGCACUCUGUGUACCGCUGGGAUCCCCGUACAUGUCUGACGCUGUCUGGCUGCAGAGACCAGUGGGGCCCAAGGGGCCGCCCGUGCCAGCGCCGAGCCCCCCUGCUGUGCCCCUGCACUCACUGUCACCCACCCUGUCUGGGGAAGGGGGUGCUCUCCAGGAGGUCACUUUUCCUGGUCCCUCAUCCGUGGAAUGGGAGGGUGGCACCAGGGGCUGCAUGGCUCCUUCCAGCCCAGCCGUUCCCUUGGAGUUCAGACCAGGGCUGGAUGAAGUUUCAUCGGUACUGUGGGGGUGCCCCCCUGCAGGCCUUGCCAGCCAAGCCUCAGUAAACCACAGCCCAGUCCCUCCUGGCUCCCAGCAGGAGGAAGCAGCUCCUCCCACAAGCCCCCAGCCAGACCAGCAGUGCUCUGAUCUCAAAUUAGCAUCAGCCUCUUAUCUCUGCCCACUUUGAAUGGCGCAAAGCCUGCCUUUCAGCUGCAGCCUUGUGACCGACUGUGAACUGAGGGCUCUGGGUGGAGAUACAGUGCAGCCUGCACAGCCUCAUGGCCUGAGGCUCAGUGGGGGAAGGAGGGGACCAAUGGACAAGCUGUGGCCUGGACACAGCUGAUCAGAAAAUAUGAUGAGUGCUCACAUUCAAAAUCUUUAUUACAGUAAAAGACACAUUGCAACGAAUCCCCCU